GUUUUUUGUAACCGAUACCAGUUAGUCAAAAUGAAGACAUUAAAAGUAGUAUUAAGUGCAAUAGUUUUGUUAUACUUAGUUGAAAAUGCAAAAUGUGGUAUUCCUAGACCAGAUUUAGCAAGAGAAAUAGAACUAGAAGAAGAGGAAGCAAUUUAUGAGGCCAAGAGCGGGAUUUUGGACAAAUUGAUUGAUACUUUAAUCAGUGGAUAUGAAGCUGCGGGUCAAAUUCUACAAGACCUCCUAAAUAAUGAUAACGACGAAGGACCCCUGGACAGUUUGUAUCAGAAACUGAAAGAAGCCCUAAAGAAGCUACAGGAAUAUAUAAUGGGUGGGAAACCCACGGUUUCCGAAGAGGUGGAAGAGGCAAGAAAAGCUAUUGUGCGACUUAUUGAGGAGCAUAAACGUAUACAUACUACAUCCAAAACGAUUGUAGAUGGUGCAGUUGAGUCUGCUAAGAAAGCUAAAUUGGCCCAGAAGAUUGUAAACGAAGGGCCUGAUGUGGUCAGACAUCGAGUUUACGAAAUUGAUCGGGCUCUGAAGGACCAUGUUUUUGAAGGGGCGAAGAAACCCAUUGCGUUAGCCAAUAAUGAUGUCAACCACGAGCACGUCGAAGACACAUUUAAGUCUUCUGUUGACUUCUUGCAAGAGAAAGGCAUAAAAUUGUCGGAUGAGGAGAAAGAGUUGUUGGAAGGGAUUUCCAGAAGGGUACAUGAUAGCCUGAUGCGUCAUGUAAAAGAACAAUAGAAU